CUCGAUCUCUGGAUUUUGCAAGUGCAAACGUGGGUGGAGCCACAAAGACUGCUCCCAAGGUAUCAAUAUUCUUUUAUAAAAAAAAUCAUUUUUUAAAAAGGUUUAUUUGGCUAUUUUCAUCAUCAAUUUCAAGUAAGGCUCUUAACUACGCAGUCUUUUCAGUGGUUAAAAAUAUAACUGCAUCCAUACUGAGUGAUCCACUCUUCAUUUUUAGCAUAUUAAAAAAAAUAAAAAAAUCUUGUAUACAAUUUAAGUUUAAGGUCAAUUUAAUAUCAUAUUGUAAACUGUAAACGUAUUUUAUAAACAUAUAGCAUAAGUCUUGGUGUAAGCAUAAGUUAACAGUGCCAACCAACGCCUUUUAUUUUAAGAAUUAUUAUUAAUGAAUGGAAAGCCACCCAUUAUUUACUUUAAAAGACAAACACACAAUAGUAUUUCAUUUUAAUUGCUUUAACUGUAAAUUCCAAGAGAUAGCACCAGGUUUUUACCAUGGCCACCAUCUUGGUUGCCACGACCUGUAAACUUAAGUUUCUAUCCUCAAACCUAACCUUACCAAAACAUGCUAAUGACUAUCUCUGGGAAUUAGCAGCUUAAAGUUAUAGAAAAUAAGUUUUAUAAGUCAAUAAGCCCGUGGUUCUAAACCUUCCUAUCUAAUGCUGCGACCCUUCAAUACAGUUCAUGUUGUGGUGACCAGCUCUUUCCGAUGAUAUGCCCUUUGUCUGUGUCAGAUGUAUUUGAAAUUUUGAGUUGGAAUAACCUAGAUUUAUAUUUUGCCGUCUUCCUAAAGCUGAGUGUAGGUCAACAACUUGCAAAUAUGAAUGCCGCGUUAAAUCAACAGUUCCUUGGACAGAGCAAUGUUCCUGUCCCAAAAGAAUGCGCACAAUAAACAACAGUAGUGGCUUGUAUUGCACAGAAUACUAUGGUAAGGACAAAUGCUAAUAUUUUAAAGGAAUUUUGAACACCAGUAAAGCUCAAGGUAAUUGAAAGACAGACAGACUUCAAUGCAUUCAUAAUUUAUUUAAUAAAUUUAGACAAAAUUAAGCUAGAAAUCUUUUUAUAUUGAAACCUUAACAUAUUCCCUUUAUUCUCUUGCAAUUUAAUAUAUUCUCCUCUCGCACUUAUCAUAUUUUUUUUUAAAUGAAUAAAAAAUCUUCUCGUUUGUUUCUUUUAGAAUUAAAAAAAACCUCGAUUAUUAUUAAAAAGUCAAAGGGUUUUGUUCUUUGAAAUAAAAACUUGUUUUUUUUGUUGUUUUGGUAAGUACUUCCAUUUCUUUAUGUUUUGGCUAAAAGAUAUUUUCAUUUUAUAGGGUGCAAUACAAACUUACGAGACCCUUUAGGAUAUCUUUCAAGUCCAGGAUAUCCGAUUGAAUUUCCUGGCUGCUUCUGGAGAAUAGUGACGGAUCCUGGAUCAGUUGUUGCUCUUAGGUAAAUUAGCUUUAAUUUAUUCUUUCUCAUUUUUAUUACAUCAAUGUCAUAUUUCCAAUGUCUGUAACAAUCUUAUAUAAAUAAGACUUAUUAGAUUUUUACUAGUCAUUUUUUAAAUCAAUUUUUAUUAUUGCAGUAGUAAUAUUUUAAAACUGAUAAAUCCUUUUUUCUAAAGAGCAGUUUUAUAUUAAUUACAUAAUUUUUAUCCGACAGUUUUUUAAAUUCAUGGAUUCGCUUCUUUUAAAUGGAAAGAAACGAGAAUAUUUCAAACUUUUUUCGUUUAAAACAUAAAAUGAUUUUCCAAAAAAACACAAUGAAAUAUAAAAUAUGAUGCUAGCAAUAUUGACAUAGGCAGCUUUAAAAUGCAAUAUUUUGUUAACAGAUAUAUUUAAAUUCUCUUGCUAUAGAUUCUCAAUGGAAAUAAAUCCAUGGUAUGUCCAGUGUGGCUAUAACUAUGUAUCAAUAAUAGAUGAAAAUGCUGUAGAACAAUCAAAAAUCCAAAUGUGUCUUAACAGCAAAGGAUGGAUUCAAACUUCGUCAAAUGUUAUGCUUAUAGUGUUCCAUGGACAUAUAUUGGAACAGGAUGCAUUUGUUUUUAGUGGGAGAUACAAUUCCCAUUGUAAGUACUUUUUUGAAACUUCAAACAACUGAUUAUGAUACAUCAUAUUUAUAAUUUGUUGGCAUAAGAAGUCUAACAAUAAACCUUUUAAUUAUUAAUUGAGGGGGGUAAAUUACAUUCAUUUUAGCAUAGUGUAGGUAUCUACUAAAAACAAAAUUAAAUAUUUAAAUAAGUACUCCAUUUGAUGAAAAAUAUAUUUCUGUCUACAGCUUGUUCCAACUUUACAUGGGGGUCUAGAAAACUGCCAUAAGAAAUGUUCGUGUAUAGGAGACAACACUAAAUACUGUCAGAGUGAAACAGGAAAAUGUAUUUGCAAGAAAGGUUAUUCCUCCCAUGACUGUUCAUUUGGAACUGUGCCACGUAAGUUCUUAAAAGCAGCCGUUUAUGAAAUAGUACAAAAGAAAAUAUUGCAUUGUGAAAAUAAAUGCUUAGUCAGUUUAACUUAAUUAAAUUAAAUUUAAAUAAGUUUGAUAAAAUGAACAGAAUAUUGCACAGUCAUUGAAGUUGUCAAUCAUUUAGCAUAUGUUCUGAUUCCACCUCAGAAAGUUUUUUUUUAACAUCUGUGCAAACAUCAACUAGUCUCAAAUUUGAAUAAUAUUCAUUCUCCAGCUUAAUUGUAAAAUAUUUUUUAAAAUAAUUUUGGUUUUCUGUAAACUUAUUUUCAUAUGAAACACAUGUAAACAUGUGAAUUUACAAAUAUAAUUGUUAGCUUCUAGAAAUUAGUCUAGUUAAAUUUCGUUUAAAACUUUUAUGUUAUGACACAAUAAUUUUAAAGUAGAACAAAUCAUUUUGAUAGCGAUUUAAAAUGUAGAAGUUUUAUUUAAAUUGAAGGGGUUCACAUACCAAAAUUAAAGUAAAAAUAGCAUACUUCAAAAUUGUGAAGAAAAAGUUGUUCAUUGUGUGAGUAUUACAUUGAAAUUAACAUAGCUGACAUAUUACAUUGGAACCCUCACUAAAAUUCAAUAACUUUGGUCCAUACAAUUUGAUAUUGCUAAUGGGGUUGUAUUGAAGCAGGGUUUUGUCAUAUUCCAUGCGAUUAGCUUUGGAAUUUAAAAAAAAAAAGUAGGAAGACAGCUGAUCACACUUAAAAAGAAAGGAUCUUUUUGGUAUUUUAGUACGAGUAUGUGUUCGUGUCACAGAACAGUUAAGGAGGGGGGCUCCGGUCCUGACUUAUCACAAACUGUAUUGAUGUAGUAGUGUUCAGUACAAGACCGCUCCUCUCUGUGAUUUAUAUUGUGGGUAUCUAGGCGUUGGGACAGACAAAGCACAACGUAGACUUGAACAAAAUCCAACAACUUAAACUCCAGGUGUCCAAUGAUAAAAUAGACUAUAUUUAUUACUCAAAUAGAAAGGUCUUCUAUAGUCUUCACUAACUGUCAGCUAUAUAUAUGAAUUUCUAAAGCUAUGAAUGUUGACUGUUUCGUCUCAAAUAUUUCUUUGUUCUUCUAGUCAACUGUUGUCUCCUGAACUCUAGCAACUAUUCUCUAUGAACUGCUCUCUCAGCUCUUCUCUAGGUACCUCAACUAACUCCUUGUCAUGAAAAGUUUUAUCUUAUAUGUUAUUCUUUACUUUCGUAGGUGGCCCAGGAAUGUUAUCUAUAAACACACUGUUGCCCCUAAUUUCCGGUCAAUUAGACCUUCCGGUUGUUAACCCCAAAAUUAUCAAAGUCGUACAGGCCCGAACAUAUUAUCGAAAGAAACAACCCCCUCUAUCUUAAGAUUAAGAGUCUAUUAACAUUAACUUCACCCCCUUAACAAUGCCUUCCCUAAAAUAACAACUUCUGCCUAUCUUAUAAGGAACCUUAACAACAACGGAGCUCUGUCCUGAACCCCAACACCAGUCAUUUGUGACAGUUCGAGUUGAAUUAAUAUUAUUGGAUCUUUUUAUUGUGUUAAGCAAUAUCUUUUUUCUUCACAUUCUUUGAAUAACAAAAAUAUUUAUGUGCAAAUGAAUAUACCACUACAUAUCCGAAUUUUUUUAUAGCUAGUCACAUUAUAGUAGGGUUUCACUGUAUUUCUAAAUAUUGCAGCCACACCUUGUGAAACUUUGCAUGAAAGAUCAGGUUUGAUAUGGUUACGGAAGAAUAGGAAUUCAAAUGAUACUAUUUCUUGUUGGUUAUUACAUGGUGUUGGUAUAUCAAUAAACAAUUACAGGUAAGCACUCUAAUAUAAUUUCUUAAAUGCUGAAAAUUACUUAAAGGCUGAAACUUUUCAAUGUGGUUAAUUACUUUUUAUGGUUACUCACAUAUUAAAGAAAAUAAUAUUGAUAACUCCAAUAUACAAUAUAUCAUAAUUAAAAUUUUCAUCAUGUUUUUAAACUUCCAUAUAUGUACAAAAUAAACAUUUUCAAUUGUGUAAUUAGUAAUCACCAUCCCCCAAAAUAAAAACAAUUUAAUUUAUGAAAGAAUAAAAGAAAAAGCACAUUAGUCUUUUCAGAGGCAAAGCACUGAAUUUCUAAUAUUGUAAAUUAUGUUUUUGUAAUAACUAGUAUUGUAAAUUGUAGAUUUUUAUAUUAAGAAUAAAAGUAAUUUUUAUCGGACACUGGGAUGAAACAGGACAUGUAAAGAAUACUUAUGAAGGUCUCCUAGAGCAUAUUUAGUUUAAAUUUUGAGCUUUUAUUCCACUUGAUUCUAUUGUAUUGCAUUUCUAAUACAUUUUAAAGCUCUACUCAGGAGAUUUGAUUUAUUAAUAAAAUUAUCAGAAAGCUUUUACUGGAUAGGAAUAAUGUCAAUAAAUCAAUGCAUAACACAUAGUAAUCACCAUGAACAUUUUAAAUCACUUUUUCAUUUCUUUCAUACACUCAUUCAAUGUUUCAAAUGUUUUUAUUUUCAAUCUCAAAUAUACAUUCUGAAUGUUGUGGGAAUCUAAAGAAAUUUCUUCAUUUGUUUACCUUAUUUCUUUUAUAGUAACCAGUAUUUUGGUUCUGAUGGCUCAAUUAUAAAGAAACCUCCACUACUUGUAUAUGAUGGCAAUAGUAAUGCUUCGCCCCUACUUCUGGGACAUACAGAUAGGUUUUUUAAAGUUUUGAAAGCCACUGGGAGCGAAAUAUACUUAGAGUUGGAAGAGUCUUUUGAUCGCUCUAAGGAUCUUUAUUUAAAUUACACGACACAGUGUAAGUUUAUUUGUUACAUAUGCAGAGUAAAUAUAUUUACACCGUGAUAAGCUCAUUUAUAAUUAUGUUGUUCUUAAGUACUUGUGUAAUACAAUAACUUUCAUUGAAAAGAAAAUAAUUAAUUUCUGACCAUGUUUUAACCAAAAAAAAUCAAAAUGAGUAUUAGAAUGUAAUGCAGACAUAUACACUGCAUACACUGCAGAGCGGUUGACUUUGAGGGUUUUGGCAUAGUAUGAUUCUUUCUUUUACCAUUUGUGUGCCAACAUCUUUCAGAAAUAUUUAUUUUUAGCAAUUGAGUAAAAAAAAAAUUCACCUUGUUUCCCAAAUUUAAAUACAGUUCCUAUUUCAGAAACUAAAGGGUGACCCCAACACCCACACCCCCACCCCCCUUUUAAAUUGCCUACAUGUUAGGUGUUAAACCUAUGUUUUAACACAUUGCUCUAUAAUUCUAAACAAACCGUUAAUAAUUUUAUGUUAUUAAAGUUUGUUGUUAAAAAAUGUUUAUGACCAAUAAUAAUAAUAUAGCCAUUAUUAUCUUAGCAUUUUAUUGAUCUAACUCUUAAUGUCCUUUUAUUGAUCUAACUCAAACUAUCUUCAGCAUCUGUUUGUGGGGGCACACUGAUUUCAUCUUUUGGGCACAUAUCAAGUCCACAAUACCCUCAAAAAUAUCCAGACUAUUCUGACUGCAGAUGGACAAUUGUUGUUCAUGAAAACCAAUUUAUUUCUUUAAGGUAUUUCAACUAUAUAUUUUGGCUAAGAUUUGUGUUUUGUUUUGUUGCUGUCUUUAUAAUGGGAAGAGAUUUCUUUAGAUAAAUUUAAAACUAAUAUUAAAAAAUAAAAACAAUUAUGAAAUAAAUACAUUUUAAAACACAUCUUUUCAUUAUAUCUUAUCUUUAAAUGCUCAGACUUCUUAAUUAUUGUCAAUUAACCUUCUAGAAAAAACCCACCCCACAGACCAAACAGAAUUUGUUGUGAUUGAUAAAGGAUGAAUAAAUAUUAAGAAUGAUCUAUCAGUGUUUGAGAUAUACCUGGCAAGGAAAGGGUCAGAGUUUUUCAAGCAAUAGUUAUUGUAGUUUGUCCCUACCUACUAGAAUAACUAUAAAUAAUACAAUUUAAAACUCUUUAGUCAACUGCUUCUGCAAUCUUAGUUACAUAAUUUAAAUUAAUUUAGAUGAGCUCACAUCACCUAGCUUGAUUACAGUUGCAAACACAUUGUUUUGCUUGUCUUUGCAAGGAUAACUGACUUGAAAUUGGAGCAGCAAGUCAACUGUGACAAUGACUACCUUGAAGUAUAUGAUGGAAGCAGCAACACAGCAGUUAGGAUAGGACAGUUCUGUCAUAACACUGUGCCCAUAAUUAUUAAUUCAACUUUUAAUUUUAUGUACAUAGUGUUCCAUAGUGAU